CCAAAUCUUUUUGCCAUUUUUAGUCUACGAUAAAUCACAGAUGAAAAAAAUGCAUAGCAAAGAAGAAGAAGAACGAUCCUUUCUCUCCCACUUUCCUUCCUUGUGCUCUGUUUUCUCUUCUUCUUUCCAUUUUGUUAUUGGCCCUCCAAUUUUCAUAUUGCGUAACAGAGCAAAAGAGACUCUGUUUUUUUACCACCAGAACUGAACAAAUUCUAACCUCUGUAAUCCGAACAACCACGUCUUCUUAUUUAUAUUUGUUAAGUAGGAAUUGGGUGCAGCUUUAGAGAUAGAUGGGGGGAGGCGGGGAAGGAGGAGGUGGAGCAGGAGAAGCCCGACCGAGGGAGCUCGACGCCACGCCGACGUGGGCCGUCGCAGUUGUUUGCGCUGCCAUCAUCGUAAUCUCCAUCGUCUUGGAAAAAUUCCUCCAUUUGACUGAAGAGUGGUUUCACGAGAGGCAUAAGAAAGCCCUGGUGGAAGCUCUAGCCAAAAUCAAAGGAGAGUUAAUGGUUUUGGGAUUCAUAUCACUGACCCUGACGUUCAGUCAAAAUUACAUCGCCCAAAUCUGCGUGGCUUCCAGAUAUGCCAACUCUAUGUUGCCCUGCGACUUGAGUCACACCGCCGGCCACGAAACUGCUAGCCCGGAAAAGGCCGGCGGCGGAGAAUCCGAAGAAGGUGCCGAGGGUGCCGUCGCCGCAGCUGCCGCCGCAGAGAAUCACCGGAAGCUGCUCUGGUUUGAACGGAGAGAGCUCAGUGGGCAUGGCGGACCUAUACAUUGUGGACAUGGAAAAAUGCCGAUGAUUUCAGUGAAUGGGCUUCACCAACUGCACAUAUUCAUAUUUUUCCUGGCGGUUUUCCAUGUUAUCUACAGCGCCAUAACCAUGAUGCUUGGGCGAUUAAAGAUUCGUGGGUGGAAGGAAUGGGAAGCUAUAGGUGCACAGGAGCACGAACAUUUGAAUGAUCCAACGAGAUUCAGGCUUACUCAUGAGACAUCCUUUGUUAAAUCCCACACUAGCUUUUGGACCAAAACACCAGUAUCCUUCUAUGUGGUAUGCUUCUUCAGGCAGUUCUUUAGGUCAGUCAGCAGAGCUGACUACUUGACAAUGCGUCACGGCUUCAUCUCUGUUCAUUUGGCACCUGGGACUAAGUUCGAUUUCCAAAAGUACAUCAAGAGAUCUCUGGAAGAUGAUUUCAAGGUGGUUGUGGGAAUCAGUCCACUGCUAUGGGCUUCUGUGGUUUUGUUCAUGCUUCUGAAUGUUCAUGGAUGGCAUGUGAUGUUCUACUUUUCUUUGCUUCCAGUAUUUGUGAUAUUGGCAGUUGGAACAAAGCUUCAAGCAAUCAUAACGGAGAUGGCGAUUGAGAUCACAGAAAGGCAUGCUGUGGUACAAGGGAUUCCCCUUGUGCAGGUCUCUGACAGACAUUUUUGGUUCAGUUGGCCUCAGUUGAUCCUUUACCUCAUCCACUUUACUCUGUUCCAGAAUGCGCUUGAGCUCACUUAUUCCUUUUGGAUAUGGUACGAGUUUGGGUGGGAUUCUUGCUUCCACGAACACCUUGUAAUCCCAGUGAUCAGAGUUACUAUCGGGAUUGGAGCUCAAUUUCUAUGCAGUUACAUCACGCUCCCUCUUUACGCCCUUGUCACUCAGAUGGGUUCGACAAUGAAACGAUCGAUCUUCGACGAGCAAACAUCAAAGGCAUUGAUGCAAUGGCAUAAAAAAGCGCACAAGAAGGCGCAUGAUGGGAAAUCUGAUCACCCGCACCACAAGGAGCACUCAGAAGACGAUGGUCACACCCAUGAUGGAAUUCAUCACCGAAGUCAUACCGCAGGGGAUGACACAGAUGGUACAUCGGCCAACAUCAUGGCGACAGUGGAUAUCAAUGGGGGUCAACAUGGUCAACGUGAUCUUUUGAGUUAGAUACAAUAACUUUUUUCUUCGUUUUGAUUCGUGCAUAUUUUCUUUUUGGUCGUAGCGUAUAGGACCUGUCUUUCGACUAACUCGACUUCACUGUUGUUGUUGAUGGUAAACUUAAGGAGAUAAAAGUGUUGUUGUAGAUUGUUAAUUCUAUGAUGGUGUAUGUAGUAGUGUAUUGAAUAAACCUACUUUUACAGUAAAGUUUUAAGGAAGGUAUUAAGAAUAGUAUUUGCAUUGCUUCAAAUGGUGGAGUUGGCUUAUAUCUUAAAUCAAUUCGGGCAAUAAAAUGUCUAUAUUUGGU